AUGUAUUGGGACGGGAAGGGACACUAUAUGAUUCCCAACUUCAUGGAUGGGGCAUACAAAUUAGCCUAUCUGACUAUAGACAAUGCUGACACACACGGGUGUAACUCCCACCACCCUAACUCACUGUCAGAGUCCAGCCCACAAGUGAACAAGGUAGAUAGGGAAGAAUGUUGUGCUAGGUUAAGUGGCACACAGCUGCCAAUGAUGAUGAGGAUGAGGAGGAAAACUGGUAUGUGUCCCCAGUGUCCCAGUGUCCUCAGUAUUCCCAGUGUCCCAGUGUCCCCAGUAUCCCCAGUGUCCCCAGUGUUCCCAGUAUUUCCAGUAUCUCCAGUAUUCCCAGCGUCCCCAGUAUCCCCAGUGUCCCCAGUAUUCCCAGUGUCCCCAGUAUUCCCAGUGUCUCCAGUGUCCCCAGUGUCCCCAGUAUUCCAAGUGUCUCCAGUGUCCCCAGUGUCCCCAGUAUUCCCAGUGUCCCCAGUAUUCCCAGUGUCCCAGUGUCCCCAGUAUUCCCAGUGUCCCCAGUAUUUCCAGUAUCUCCAGUAUUCCCAGCGUCCCCAGUAUCCCCAGUAUUCCAAGUGUCCCCAGUGUCCCCAGUAUUUCCAGUAUCCCCAGUAUUCCCAGUGUCCCCAGUAUCCCCAGUGUCCCAGUGUCCCCAGUGUCCCCAGUAUCCCCAGUGUCCCCAGUAUCCCAGUGUCCCCAGUAUUCCCAGUGUCCCAAGUAUUCCCAGUGUCCCCAGUAUUCCCAGUGUCCCCAGUAUUCCCAGUGUCCCCAGUAUUCCCAGUGUCCCUAGUAUCCCCAGUAUCCCCAGUGUCCCCAGUAUUCCCAGUGUCCCCAGUAUCCCCAGUAUUCCCAGUGUCCCCAGUAUCCCCAGUGUCCCCAGUAUUCCCAGUAUCCCCAGUAUUCCCAGUGUCCCCAGUAUUCCCAGUGUCCCCAGUAUCCCCAGUGUCCCCAGUAUCCCAGUGUCCCCAGUAUUCCCAGUGUCCCCAGUAUUCCCAGUGUCCCCAGUAUUCCCGGUGUCCCCCCAGUAUCCCAGUGUCCCCAGUAUUCCUAGUGUUCCCAGUGUCCCCAGUAUUCCCAGUGUCCCCAGUAUUCCCAGUGUCCCCAGUAUUCCCAGUGUCCCCAGUAUUCCCGGUGUCCCCCCAGUAUCCCAGUGUCCCCAGUGUCCCCAGUGUCCCCAGUGUCCCCAGUAUCCCCAAUGUCCCCAGUGUCCCCAGUAUUCCCAGUGUUCCCAGUGUCCCCAAUGUCCCCAGUAUUCCCAGUGUCCCCAGUAUCCCCAGUGUUCCCAGUGUCCCCAGUGUCCCCAGUGUCUCCAGUGUCCCAGUGUUCCCAGUGUCCCCAGUAUUCCCAGUGUCCCCAAUGUCCCCAGUAUUCCCAGUGUCCCUAGUAUUCCCAGUGUUCCCAGUGUCCCCAAUGUCCCCAGUAUUCCCAGUGUCCCCAGUAUUCCCAGUAUUCCCAGUGUUCCCAGUGUUCCCAGUGUCCCCAGUGUCCCCAGUGUUCCCAGUGUUCCCAGUGUCCCCAGUAUUCCCAGUGGUGCCAGUGUCCCCAGUGUCUCAAGUAUUCCCAGUGUCCCCAGUAUUCCCAGUGUUCCCAGUGUCCCCAAUGUCCCCAGUAUCCCCAGUGUCCCCAGUAUCCCCAGUAUUCCAAGUGUCCCCAGUAUCCCAGUGUCCCCAGUGUUCCCAGUGUUCCCAGUGUCCCCAAUGUCCCCAGUAUUCCCAGUGUCCCCAGUAUUCCCAGUGUUGCCAGUGUCCCCAGUAUCCCAGUGUCCCCAGUGUUCCCAGUGUUUCAAGUGUCCCCAGUAUUCCUAGUGUUCCCAGUGUCCCCAGUAUUCCCAGUAUUCCCAGUGUCCCCAGUAUCCCCAGUGUCCCCAAGUGUCCUAGUGUCCCCAGUGUCCCCAGUGUUCCCAGUGUCCCCAGUAUCCCAGUGUUCCCAGUGUUCCCAGUGUUUCAAGUGUCCCCAGUAUUCCCAGUGUCUCCAGUGUCCCAGUGUCCCAGUGUCCCCAGUGUCCUCAGUGUCUCCACUUUCCCAUGUGUCCCAGUGUCUCCAGUGCCCAGUGUCCCAGUAUCCCAGUUAUCCCAGUGUCCCCAGUGA